AUGGACUUCAUUACUACCCAGCACCACGACACCUACCCCUACAUCGCCCACUCCACCCACCACAACCACAAAGUCCUCAUCACCGGCGCCUCCCGCGGCAUCGGCCUCGCAACCGCGCACUCCUUUGCGCGAGCUGGCGCCCCAUCCAUCGCCAUCGCCUCCCGAGGCCCCCUCGACACCGUCGAGACCGCCCUCCUAUCCACCGCCAAAGCAGCGGGCCACCCGCCACCAACAAUCCUCAAACUGACCCUCGACGUCGCGGAUGAGACCAGCGUGGCGGCCGCUGCAGCGGAAGUCGCCGCUGAGUUCGGCCACCUCGAUAUCCUGAUUAACAAUGCCGGGACGUCGGAGACGUGGGUUCACAUCGCGGAAAGCGACCCGGAGGACUGGUGGGGGUCGUGGGAGGUGAAUGUGAAGGGGGUGUACCUGACCACGCGGGCGUUCAUGCCGCUGCUGCGGAGGGGGACGCAGAAGACGAUCGUGAAUGUGAGUUCUAUCGGGGCGCUGCAUGUUCGGCCGGGGGCUUCGGCGUAUCAGACGGGGAAGUUUGCUGUGCUGCGGUUGACGGAGUUCGUGAUGGCCGAGUAUGCGGGUGAGGGGAUGUUGGCGUAUGCGAUUCACCCUGGUGGUGUGCCGACGGAGCUGGCGCUGGGGAUUAAGGCGUUGCAUGGGCUUCUGCCGGAUACGGCGGAGCUUGCUGGGGAUGCGAUGAGUUGGUUGACGCAGGAGAGGAGGGAGUGGUUGGGUGGGAGGUAUAUGAGUGUUACGUGGGAUAUGGAGGAGUUGGUGCAGAGGAGGGAGGAGAUUGUCCGGGAGGAUAAAUUGAAGAUGCGGUUGGUUGUGUAG